CGCUUCGUGCUAUUAUUAUCUGUGCGGUUCCACAUUGACAGUAAAAGUCGCUAUUUUCUGGCACACUCUAUAUCAAUUUGACGCUAAAUGAAAUAAUAUGAACUUUCAAAGUAAAAAGUCGUUUAAGGUGUCAGAGUCUCCUUUGUAUUUUUAACUUGUUUACGUCGAAGCGUCAGCGCUGCUGUCGAGAGGAGAAGCCUGUGAGCGGAUGAAUGCCAGAGUCUGUGAUUCUACCGUCGCCAAAAGGACUCCAUGUCUUUCUUGGACUGUUCCUGCAUCUCCCACGCUCAGGUCCAGCCCAUGGACAUAGAAGAGCGCUAUGAGGACAUCAGCCACCAGUUCCUGAGCACUGACGGUUCUCAAUACACUCUGCAAGGGCCAGCGGGUGGAGAUGACAUCACAGGGCUUUCAGCUGAGCCCGCCCACUACCAGCUACUGGCAGAGCUGGGGAGGGGUUUCAAUAACCUGAGCCAGGUGAUCAUGGCACGCCACACCCCCACUGGCCAGCUGGUGGCGGUCAAACAAACCAACCUGGAUGAGUGCACAGAGGAGGAGUUGCUGCAGCUCAUGAAUGAGGUUCUGCUGUCUCGGCUGUUCCGUCACUCCAACCUGCUGACCUCUCGACUGGUCUUCAAUUCCUGCUGUCAGCUUUGGGUCCUUACACCACUCAUGGCCUAUGGCUCUGCAGACACCUUAUUAAGGACAUAUUUCCCAGAUGGGAUGAGCGAAUCCUUAAUAGCGUACCUGCUGUACGGUGUGCUGAAAGCCUUGGAAUACCUGCACCGGAUGGGCUACGUUCACCGGGGGGUGAAGGCCAGUCAUAUCCUGCUGUCAGGAGAUGGGCGCGUCUACCUCUCAGGGCUCCACAGUGUUUACAGUAUGAUGCGUGAGGGGAAGAGGAUGCGGGCCGUGUUCGACAUGCCCCACCACAGCCCCGCCCUGCUGCCCUGGCUCAGCCCCGAACUACUGCGACAGGACCUGCACGGUUAUGGAGUGAAGUCAGAUAUCUACAGUUUGGGCAUUGUGGCCUGUGAGCUGGUCAGUGGCAGGGUGCCUUUCCAGGACAUGCCACCCACUCAGAUGCUGCUUCAGAAGCUGCGUGGCUCCCACUGCUGCCUGCUGGAUGUGGCUCCCUUCCCGCUGGGUGAACUCGGAGGGCUGAAGGUGUCGCGCUCAGGGGUGGACUCUGGCAUCGGGGAGAGCGUGGCCACCGGAAGCCUCACACACAGCGCCACCGCCCCUCCCACCGACCGACCUCAGAGCCCCGGGCCCAAAAACCACUCAGCCACCCUGCAUAACCUGGUCCAGCUGUGUCUGCAGCAGCAGCCCGAGCGCAGACCAUCAGCAACUACACUGCUGACCCAUGCCUUCUUCAAGCAGGUGAAGAGGCACACCCGAGACACCUUCCUCAACCUCAUGUACCCAGCAGCGCCCCUCACCAGCCCCGAGGACCCUCCCGUAUCCUGCCCCCCGGGCCCGUCCUGCCACGCUCAGACUCCAACCUCCGCCGACACCACCGAGGCCGUGUGGGACUUCUCCUAACCCCUCCCACCCCUCCUGUUCUCUUUCUCCCCCUCCCAAAUCGCCAAAUUCUGACUAGCAAGCCAAACACAAGACAAUCAAAGCAAAGCAAUGAGGCCAAAUUCUACUGUGCUUUUAUUUUUGUUAUUAUUAACCCGACUCUCUGAGCCUUUUUUAGGUAGUUUUGUAGUUUUUUUAAAAACAUACGUUUGUUUGAUGCAAAUAUGGAUUUUGGGUCAUGGGUCAGUGAGGCGACUGUGAAAGUGCUGGAUCAAAGAAGCUGCUCUGAUUUAGAUCCAUAAUAAUAAUGAUAAUAAUAAUAAUAAUAAUAAUAAUGAUAAUAAUGAUGACACCAAUAGACUGUCAAGGAGUCACAGGACAAAAAACGAAUGAGCUGAUUAAUAAUCACACACUUCCUCUGAGGUAACAGGCAACUAUGAGUUAAAGGUGCAGUGUGAAGAAUUUAGUGGCUAGCUAGAUGAAUGGGCUUGGCAGGAAUGGAAGAUAAUAUUUAUAAGUAUGUUUUAACUAGUGUAUAAUUACAUGUUUUUUGCUGCCACUAUAGGUACACACUUGGAGGCAAGGUGUCAGUUGUUUGCAAUCUGCAGCCUCACCACUAGAUGUCACUAAAUUCUACACACUGGUUCUUUAAAGGAAAAGUCCACCCUGAAAUACUGUGAUGUUAAAAUCAGCUAUUUGUGCAAUACAUUGUCUGUGUUCGACAUGGUAAAAUACAUCUGCAAAAAGGAGGAGACACUCAUGAUAUUAGCCUCAAUAGACCAGAAUGCAGUUCACUAAUACAUGUCACACUUGAAAGAGGUGUGAAAUUGCUUGCUGUGUUUGCUGUGACCAUCGUACCUGUUGUUCUGCUCGAAAGACAUCCUCAGAGAGUUCAAUCCCAAACAAUACUGACUGAAAUAACCCAAAAUAAGUAUAAGACACUAUGUGAGGGUGGAUUUUUCCUUUUGUAAGUGUUAUUAUGUCUUCCAACUGUGAAUAGUGAAUACUGAGGUACAUAAAAAAAGAUUUGCAACACAUAUGUGCAUAUAUAUUCAUUUAUAUCGUUCAGUAUAUCUGAAUAAUACAUCUUUUUAGCUUAAACACCUUUCUAAACUUCAGAAUGUAUUGCCAAGAUGCUGUUUUAAUACUAGAUCAGAAAUUUGGAUAGAAUCUAUCACAAUUUCCUUAAUUAUUUAUCCAAAUUAAAGUGUGGGGAGUCUGAAUUUGUAGGUUUUCAGGCCUCAAUAAAAACCUGAUAGUGUGUGCUCACUGAAAAAAACAACAACAAAAAGAAAAUAUGCCCCAAAGUCAAAUAUGUAAAUACAUUUUUGCAGUAUGUUUGGCUAUAUAUGCACAUAGUGUUAAUGUACAGUCAUUUUAAAACUGCCUACUGUAUGAACAAAGGGGAAAAGGUACACAUCAGGCUCUGAAAAAGAGCACAUGAGUAAUAGAGUAUAUCUAGUGUUCCAUGUAGGAAAUAGAAACCAUGAGUAGACUGUAGAUGAGACACUUCCCUGCCCUGAUCUCCGGUGAAACGCCAAAAGAAGAAGAGUAAUUCUACUGUGCUGUAACCACUUCUCUCCAACAAUGCCUUUGUGUUUUAAAGAAACCUCCAUUCUGAAUAUGGUGACCUUUCUGUAACUGUGAUAAAGUGUACUGUGUAUGAGAACUGUGAUUUGCAGUACAUAUCAAACAUGGUAGCUGUAUGAGCCUUAUAUAAACACAUUAUAAACCAUA